AUUGCACUUGAUACAGUAAGCACAGACGUACCGUUCUAUCUAAGCGAUUCGUUCUUCUCUCAGUUUCUUCUAGUUUCGUAAGCAAGUCCUGCGAAUAAAAUGCUAACGACGCCGACCGCAGACACCAAGUCAGUAAAGACACCGGAGGAGCGCGCCAAAGGACUGGCAGCGCUCUACUGGUCGACCGCGGGUCGCGUGGAGCCAGAGCCUGUGAAGCCGGUGAAGUUGCGGGAAUUGCCGCCCGACCAUCCCUGGGCGGCUUGCUGGCAGGCACUUGUUGGCAUGGAGGUUAUGGCUGACCCGGUUCGCAUCGUCCGCGGUUGAGUUGCGAAGAAGAUGGUACAAGAGGAUAGGCAAGGCCACCCGAGGGCAUACUGGAAGCCGCAGAAAUGCCAAUGAGAUGCAUAGGUGCUCUUCUGGUGCAACAGGCCAGUGGUUUGAGUGGUGGUCGACGGCAAUUGCUUCAGUCUUACUUGCUUGGCUUACGUACGUACGCCUCAAGCAAGUAAGACUGAAGCAAUUGCUGCCGACCACCGAUCAAACCACUGGCCUGUUGCACCAGCAGAGCACUAAACCCUGCCGCCGGCUGUUUUGCCACCAGUGCUCACCUUCUGCGGGCCGUCGUGUCAAAUAUCAUGUUGUUUCAAGGGGUAAGGCAUGGGCUCAAGAAAGCUCGUCAGGGCGGGGACUUCGUGGUGCUUGCAUGUAUGAUAUUUAGUGGAGACGUCGGGCUGGUGCGGCUCCAAGCAGCUAUCGAUCACUGAGGGCUUCAGUCUGUUGCUGGAUCCGAAAGCCCCGGAUGCUGUGUGGCAGCAGGGUUGAUCGGUGGAACCCAAACCAUGCCGAGCCGUACAGGGCUCGCUCGCUUCCGGACAGCAAGUCGUGCAGUUGCUUGCACAAGGUGCACCGUCGCCGAUUCUGCUGAUGUUCGGCGAGACGCCUGCAGGGGCUACUGGCAGUCCAUGGUGGGUGGAUAAGCGUGGAACGCCGUGGCACACAACAAAACGUGUCACGGUUGCCACGGUGGUGGUGGCGUGGGGUAGGGUGCGGCCAGUGGGAGGAGCUUGUGGCUAUGCUAGCGCAAUGCACCGCCGCAAAGCUGGGAGAUGUUACUUGAAUGAGCUCCAGGACGCGUUGCUAUGCAAAUGUGGGCGAGUCUUGGUAUGUCGGUAUGUCGUAUGUGCUAUGUCACAUGUCGCAACCUGGCCAUGUCAAACAACUUGCACACAGCCAUAUUAUAAUGACCUCUUUCCAGUAGACGAAGGGCACUCUCGAAUUUGAGCACGGUUAUCAAUUAUGUUGCGAGGGUUCGACUACUGCGUGGCUUGGACUGGAUGUGUAAAAUGUAAACCCGGAUGGUU